CAGCAGUUAUGGGGCUGGCCUUGUUACCAGGCAGCGGCCAAUCAUUUUAGUCUACUCUACUGACAUCAAAAAUAACGUGAGCUCUACUGACAGUGCAACUGGCCUCUGUGCUAAGAUGUGUGCCUGAGAAGUAUGUGGAAUUUUGACAGAUGGACUGGCCCUAUCACAAUGUUUCAGAAUUGAUUGUACCACCCACUGUAUGAAAAAGCUCUCCCCAAACAAAGACUCCCAUGUGUAUCAUCUUCUUCAAGUUUGACCCACGGCCUGCAUCCAAAAAUGCCUACAGGCUGAUCUUGGCUGCCAACCGAGAUGAAUUUUACAACCGUCCGUCCAAGGCAGCAGACUUCUGGGGAUCCAGCAAUGAGAUCCUUAGUGGCCUGGACCUGGAGGAGGGGAAGGAGGGUGGAUCAUGGCUGGGCAUCAGCAAGAGGGGGAAGCUGGCCGCACUGACCAACUACCUGGAGGGACGGCCCAAUCCUGAUGCACAGGGGAGAGGCUUUUUGGUGUCUAACUACUUGACUGACAAUCUGGACAGCUUCUCCUACCUUCGCAAGGUGUCAAGUGAAGGGCAUCUCUACAACGGCUUCAACCUCCUAACGGCAGAUUUCAAGGCCAAUGAAGACACGGUGUGUUACUAUGGAAACAAAGGCAGUACGGAACCUAUCCGUCUGAAGCCAGGUUUGCUCAGUGUCUGUGUUCGUCUGAGCUUUGUGUCGCACACGCACAUACGCUCCCUGAUGCAAGGAAUCUACGGGCUGAGUAACUCCCUCCUGGAGACCCCGUGGAGGAAGCUGCAGCAUGGCAAGCAACUCUUCUCCAAUGUGGUUGGGCGCACACUGCCCCCCGAUGGCAUGGUGCAGGAACUGCUGCAAAUCCUCAACAACGAGGAGCUAAACAAUCCUGACCCAGCACAGGAGACUCAGGGACAGGGCUACAGUAAGCCCAUGCUCCACGCCCUGUCUGCUGUGUGCGUCCGAGCCACAGGAUACGGCACAAGGACCAACACAAUCAUCCUCAUCGACGCAGCAGGGAACGUGACCUUCACAGAGCGCACUAUGAUCAACUCUGACAUCAGCCGGUGGAGCACCAACUCCUUCCAGUUCCAACUCAACGAGUGAACACCGAAGUUAGGGGGAGACAUUUAUGCUGUGCCUUCCGGGAUUCUCUCCUCUCUUCCCUGCCCCCCCACACCUCACUCUCAGAAGCCAUGGCCACCUGCGUUACUACAUAAGAACAGAGGGUUUUAUGGUAGAAGAAGGGGAGUGAAAUUUGUCUACUGCUUCGUGAGCCAAACUGGUUGCACUAUUGAGAUCAUGUUUUGGAAACCAUGUUUAAGCUUGGCUUAGGUAUGCUUUUUGAAGGUGUGGGUACAACAAAGAUGCAUCACAUUAUUUAAAACGGUGGUAUUAUCAUGAACUCAGUUUUAUUGAAUAUAAAAAACAAAGAUAUCUCAACAGUGUGUGGGCUUGAUGCUUUCUGCCAAAGAAUCAAUGUAUUUUCCAUUUAGGAGACCAAUAAAUAACCUAAGUUUGA